GUAAUGGGCACUGACUUCCCGCGGAUCAUUGUUAUCCAUGCUGCACCUCCCAAACGUUUGACCUUGUCGAUUCCAUCAGCAAUGUCUUGCUGCAUCGCUAAGCGGUGGCCGCAAGUCAACAUUGUCACAGCCAGGAUUAUCCUCUCACUUCGGCUCAACCGGGUCACAAGUCACCCUCCAUCCAUCUCACGCCUUCCGGCUGCGCCUCCGAGUCUCCUGGCCGCAUGGCUCAUGGCUCAUGGCUCAUGGCUCAUGGCUUCCUGGGGUCGUCGGCCCGGUUCUUUCUCGCUCGCCUCCGCUUGUCCCUUACCAAAAUAUAUCCUACACAUGCUACACAUGUUGCACUGUCGUCACGCCAACAGGCCUUGUGAGCAUAGAUCUGCCUCGUGUGCUCUCCAGUAAAGCUCCAGCCACCCGGGAGGGUUGGAGUAGCGAGGGUUACAAACAAACAGGGGGUAAUGAUAAAUGUAUAUGAGUGAG